GUUCAUUCAAACUUAGCACAGAGCUCCUUCUUCUGUUGAUUUCGGCUUCCUUGAGGGAACUCUGGAAGUUGGUCGUCUCUUAUGUUGUAGCAGCCUGCAUAUGGAGCUCCGGAAGUUGACAACAACCCACACUCACACUCACAUCUCUUCUCUUUUGUCACUUUCCUUCAGUUCGCUCCACAGUCAUGUUCAGUCACUGCUUCCCUUUCUCAUUCAUUUUCACUUCACUUUCCUUCCAUCCGCGUUGCUUCAGCGUUGCUUUGGGAGACACAGCCGCUGCUCGACACUUGCUUGCACCUGCGGCAGGCAAAAACAUCAGGCAGGGUGUCACCACGGUGGGCGAGUGUGGGGCGUGUCGUACGACCUGAUUGGAAUUGUUUCCUGUCCAUAAGAGCUUUCGAUCAAAUGCGAUGUCAACGAAACUAUUCAUCCUCUAGACCAACAGGCUCCGACCAGGAUCUCCUCAGCGUUGGUUAUGCUGUUGAUCGUUCCGUCAACGCCGUCAAACGACCCUUUGGCAAUACUCCCGUCUGCUCGUCAUUUCAGGAGUUUUUUAAGAUAUCGGAGGGCCAAGGAG